AUGAGCGUGGGUCGAGGGUCUGCACGAGAUCCAGCGUCAGAGAUGGCGGCCGCUGACAUGUUGACAACAGACGAGCUGGUGGCCAAGCUGCAGCUGCUCCCCCAUCCUGAAGGAGGCUUCUUCAAAGAGACAUUCAGGGACGACAGUGUGCACCUGUCCAAGGACCAGCUUCCAGAUGGCUAUACUGUGGACCGUCCUGUCAGCACCAUCAUCUACUUCCUUCUUCCCAGUGGCAGCGUCUCCCGACUCCACAGGAUGCCUUCGGCUGAGGGGUGGCAUUUCUACAUGGGGGAGCCGUUGACGGUCGUAACAAUCGACGAGAAUGGGAAGCUGACGAAGCACGCCCUCGGCACCCCGACCCGAAGCAACUUGGACGUCAGCCUCCAAGCUGUAGUAUCUCCCGGGGUUUACUUCGGAGCAUACCCCACACUAGAUUACGAGACGGUUGAUGCAGACGGGAAGGAGUUGAAGACAACUCGGGAUGCGCAAACGCACUACUCCUUAGUCGGUUGUACGGUUGCUCCAGCUUUCGACUUUGCAGACUUUGAGCUGGCCCAGCGAGACCCGCUAUUAGAAAAGUACCCUCAGCAUUCGGAUAUCAUUGAGCGGCUGACUGUCCGAGAUGCAUGAUAGGCACAACUGAUUCUUGCACUGCCACUGCAAAAUUGUCGAUCAUUGCUACGAGGUGAGCGCGGGUUGUAACAACUCUUUAUCGGAGCUAACAAUACCUCUCAUAUUUCACAAGACUUUGCCUUCGCAUUUCACAAAAGGAAGUCAUACGCACACUUCAAGUUUCGAAGUGGACGC